UGCGAACUGGAACUGACAGAUACUAUUUACUAGUUUAUCUAUUACUGAUAGACAUCAUAUGAUAGCCUGUGUUGCAUUCUUUAUAAUCUAAGCACACAAGGCUGGGAUGGAGGACGACAACAUUCACUGCGGACGUGAGACAGAACCUCUCAUAAAAGAUGGCGGCGACCACAACAUUGUCCCUGGCAGCCAGCAGAAAAUGCAAAUCAGACGUCUGUUCCUCGUUAGUCUCAUACUGUUCCUCCAUGGCGGUUCCGGUGCCAUCCACAGUCCGCUCAUGUCCCAGUACUUAUACCUGCGAUAUAGCGAGGAGUAUUUUCCUAACUCGACGUUUCCGGAAAGGAAGACCUCCCACAGUGAAUGUGUUGCCAACAGCACUGCCAUGGAGUCCAACCUCCAGAAGGAGGUCCAGAGAGAAGCUACCAACCUCAAUAUGCAGCUGACUCUUGCCACAAGCAUCCCUGCAAUCUUUACCAACCUGUUUCUGGGAGCCUAUUCGGACUAUUUCGGCCGACGCUUCUUGUUCAUGACAAUGAUGGUGGGCAGGCUGACUAGGGAUCUCACGACAGUUGCCAUCAUCGUCUGGAAUCUUGACCUUCACUAUUUCUUCAUCGGGUACGGCGCUGACGGACUGUGUGGGUCAUCCUUUACCUUCUACCUAGCGGGGUAUGCGUACACAGCAGACAUCACCCCGCCAGCUAAAGUGAGAACGGUGGCACUGGCUGUAGUGGAUGCUGCCAGGGGUAUAGCUGAUAUAUCCCUGCAUAUAGCCACGGGUUACUUGAUAAAGAUGUACGGCUACCUGUAUCCUUCUGUGGGAAUGGCUGCCAUGACACUUCUGGACUUCCUUGUGGUGGUGACCCUGCUUCCGGAAACGGUCAAAAGAAGCGGGACCUGUAUUUCACCCAUCACGGCCAUUAAAAAUGUGUUCGGUUUUUAUUUUAGGAAAACGUCCACUGGUAACCGUGACCUAUUCUGGAUCUGUAUUAUUGUGUUCUUGUUUAAUAUGAUAGACAAGCAUGGUACAGUAAAUAUCGAGAACUUGUAUAUGUUGAGUCCUCCAUUUUGCUGGGAUUCUGUCAGAUUGGGACUCUACGGUGCCCUGAAGGACGGUGUCUACUACUUCAGCAGUGUCGUCAUCAUCAAGGCCCUCCACGUCUGCACCACAGAUGGUGUAGUUGGUAUCAUCGGCUUCAUGUCUGCGGCUGCUUCUAAACUUAUAGAAGGCCUUGCUUUUGUGGACUGGAUGUUGUAUUUAGUUCCGGUUGUGGGGGUAGCAUCAUCAGCCAUCUCCCCAGCCCUCAGGGCUAUCCUGUCUCGGAUGGUUCCAGCCGAGGAGCAGGGUGCAAUAUUCACCAGUAUGUCUGUGGUGGAGGCUGUCUGUGAUGCAGUAGGGUCCACCGCACUCAAUGUCGUGUAUGAAGCAACGUUGAGCGUCAUGCGUGGUGCAGCGUUUCUCAUCAUGGCGGCCUCCAAGAUCGUGGCGAUUGUUUUGUUGACUGUGUUUGUGUUCAAGACUCGGUCGAGAGUGGUGCCCCCCAAGGACAACCUGUGUGUACAAGGGCGGGAUGACCAGGGUAUCUCUGACGAGGAGCAGCAGUAGCUCUCUCCUACAACAUCCAGCCUGAGUAAGGAUAAUAUAAAGGAUGAACAACUUCUUUAUUACAAUUAACAGCGACGUUUCAGCGUAGGUGCUAAACACAGUCAUCAAGCAAGUCCUUGUACAUAUCGCGGGGUCUGUUUUUGUCCCUGACCAGUUUUUGAAGACGGAGUGUCGUUCAACGUAUUUAUUUGCUUGUAACCUGUAACAUGAAAAGUCAACAUCAGAAAGGUGUUGAUUACUGUCGACCAUCUUGCCAGGCUGAAAGGUGACAACUGAAUAUUCACAUUAUACAUUAUAAAUAUAUAUAAGCACUGAUAGACUAGUAUGCAUGCUAGAGAGUAAUAAUGAGAUAUGAAAUAUAUAUAACCACUAUAGGCUAUGCAUACUGGCGCUUUAUGAUGAGAUGAUAAGAUACUGGCGUCAGUCACACUUAUAGCGAAAAGUCAGUGAUCCAUAAAAUAGUGAUUUGGGUAUAAUAUUGUAGUAUGAUAUUAAACAUUUAUACAUAUAGUAUUCUUCCUUUACUCACUGACUUACAUGUUA